GUGAAGAACCUCGAGGCCGCAAGGACCUAGGAGCCGCUGCUUCUUCCGCCCCGGCCUGGUCUCAGCAGAGGAUCUGUUGCCGUCAUGUCGGCUGCGAUUGCGGCUCUAGCCGCUUCCUAUGGUUCGGGAUCGGGGUCUGAAUCGGACUCGGACAGUGAGGGCAGUCGGUGUCCGCUGCCAGCCGCCGACUCCCUCAUGCACUUAACUAAAUCGCCUUCGGCCAAGCCCUCUCUGGCGGUGGCGGUGGACUCGGCUCCGGAGGUGGCAGUUAAGGAAGAUUUGGAGACUGGUGUUCACCUUGACCCUGCUGUAAAAGAAGUUCAGUACAAUCCUUCCUAUGAGACCAUGUUUGCUCCUGAGGUAAGAAAAUAUAUUUGGAGUUUUCCUUUUUGCUAAAGUAUGUAACUCAUACAGAGGUAGAU